GCUGGAAAUUUCUUUGCUGGCAGACAGCUCUACGCAAACCCUUUCUACGCGUCUGAGAUUGCCGCCGCCAUUCCUUCUCUUCCAGCCAGUCUAAAGCCAAAAGCUAGUGCAGUUGCAAAGAUUGGAACCUUUGUCUGGCUUGACACUGCUGCCAAAGUACCCACCAUGGAUACCUACCUGACCGACAUCGAAAAGCAGAACGCUGCUGGAGCCAGUCCCGAAAUCAUUGGUGGCUUCGUCGUCUACGAUCUUCCCAACCGUGAUUGCGCUGCUCUGGCUUCCAACGGUGAACUGACUGUCGCAAACGAUGGUCUCACCAAGUACAAGGCAUACGUCGAUUCAAUCGCAGCCAUUGUCAAGAAACACUCCAAGACCAAGAUUGUUCUCCUCAUCGAGCCUGACAGUCUCGGUAAUCUCGUUACCAAUCUGGGAGUGGCCAAGUGUCAAGAAGCCCACGAUACCUACAUCAGUGGUGUUGAGUAUGCCCUCAAGACCUUGAACUUCGACAAUGUCUCCAUGUACAUCGACGGUGCUCACAGCGGAUGGCUCGGAUGGCCCGCCAACAUUGGACCUGCCGCUGAUCUCUUUGCAAGUGUCUACGCAGGCGCAGGCAAGCCAAAGGCUCUUCGUGGUCUCGUCACUGACGUCUCCAACUACAACGGUUUCGAUCUUGCCAGCAAGCCCGUUUACACCGAGAGCAAUCCCAACUACGACGAGAAGCACUACAUCAACGCUAUUGCUCCUCUUCUCACCGCCCAAGGCUUCCCAGCACACUUCAUUGUCGACCAAGGCCGUUCAGGCGUUCAGCCUACUGCUCAAUUGCAGCAAGGUGACUGGUGCAACGUCAUUGGCACUGGCUUUGGUGUCCGCCCAACUACAAACACCGGAGAUGCGCUUGUGGAUGCCUUUGUCUGGGUCAAGCCAGGUGGUGAAUCAGACGGAACUUCGGACACUUCUGCUGCCAGAUAUGACGCCCACUGUGGAUAUGCAGAUGCUCUCAAGCCUGCCCCUGAAGCUGGUACUUGGUUCCAGGCCUACUUCGAGCAACUACUCAGAAACGCAAACCCCGCUCUCUAUGUCUAA